AUGACUAAAAACGCGGAAGGCUCGAGGGAGGAGCUGUCUAAAAUCGCGGACGAAGAGCUGAUGAAGUGGAGCAAGGAGGAGCUGGUGAGGAGACUCCGAAGAUCGGAUGCCGAGAAGAUGACGGUGAUGAUCGAUCACAGUAACCUGAUCAAAGAGGUGAACCGGCGGCUGCAGGUCCAUCUGACCGAGAUCCGAGGGCUCAAAGAGGUCAACCAGAAACUGCAGGAGGACAACCAGGAGCUCCGGGACCUCUGCUGCUUCCUGGACGAUGACAGGCAGAAAGGCAAGAAGGUGUCCCGGGAAUGGCAGCGGCUGGGCAGGUACACUGCGGGAGUGAUGCGCAAAGAAGUUGCCCUGUACUUGCAGAAAAUGAAGGAGCUGGAGGUGAGGCAGGACGAGGUGGUGAAGGAGAAUUUGGAGCUGAAGGAGAUGUGCCUGAUGCUGGACGAGGACAAGAGCGCCGGCGCCGGCAGUCGCAGCUCCAUAGACAGUCAGUCGAGCCUGCUCCACCUGAACGCCACAAGUGGUUUGAGGGACGUUGGGGACGGGAGCAGCACCUCGAGCACAGGGAGCACAGACAGCCCUGACCACCACAAACAGUUAGCGGGAGGUAGCCCCGAGCACCUCCAGAAACACCGGGCUGCGAGCGGGGGCAGCCCCGAGCACCUCCAAAAGCCCCGAGGCGGCAGCCCCGAGCACCAGAAGCACAUCCUGAGCACCGGGAGCCCCGAGCUUCUGCCAAAGCACAUGGUCAGCUCCAGCCCCGAGCACCCAAAGCACAUGAUGAUUGGCACUCCGACUCCGGAGCAUCUGCAGCAGCACAGAGGUGGCAGCCCCGAGCGCCUUAAGCAACACUACGGUGGCAGUCCGGAGCAUCUUAAACACCUGGGCGGCAGCAGCAGCGGCAGCAGCAGCAGGGAAGGAACUCUGCGGAGACCAUCGGCAGCAGCAGCAGACGAGCUUUCGCCUCAUCACAGAAGUGUGUACAAUGGGAUGAAUGGUGGGUUGGUUGACCUACUGAAACCACAGGUGUUUUUGCAGAGACUACAAGCACAUAGCCACAAUAUCUGA